ACUAGUUGAUUCAUUAAUAUUAAUUAGUUGUUUGUCUAAUAGUAAUAACUACUCUCUACUCUAGCUCCACUGAGAGUACAGUAUCGGACUGGGAUUUAGUAGUACUGUGCUGAAUAUUUCUAAACUUCUAGCUACAGUCUAAGCUCUUCUUCUCUUUAUUGAUCAAUUCCUUCUGAUAUCAUAUUCCUAAUUGGUCUUUCCCUACAUGCUCUUAUUAAUUUAGUGCAUACAUAUAGUUAGAAAUGGAGAUGGCCAUGGCUUCCACAGAAAACUGUAAUUGGCUAUAUGACUAUACCAUAAUGGACGAUAUUCUUGUUCCCGGAGGCGAAUUUCCGGUUGCCGCCACCGGUUUCAUUUGGCCUCCACAGCUAGAUCAACUUAAUGCUUCCACUAAUGGAAGUGUGGAGGUUGACUUAUCUUCAUCUGGGGAUUCAGAUAACAACAAGGUUGUUGGCUCCCGGAAAAGGCAAAGGUCGGAAUCAAGUGGGGGUGCCUCUUGCUCCAACUACAAGGCAUGCCGAGAAAAAUUGCGCAGGGACAGACUAAAUGAGAGGUUCCUAGAAUUGGUUGCUGUGAUGGAGCUCGGGAGGCUGCCUAAAACAGACAAGGCUGCCAUACUGAGUGAUGCUGUUCGAAUAAUGACUCAAUUGCGCAGCGAGUCUCGUCAGAUGAAACAAACAAUUGACGAUCUACAGGACAAGAUAAAAGAACUCAAGGAUGAGAAGAAUGAGCUUCGCGUGGAGAGACAGAGGCUAAGGGAAGAGAAAGAGAGGUUAGAGCAACAAGUAAGAAUAGUGGCAAUGAGUUCUCAUCAUCAUCAAACCAGUACCUUCCUUCCUCCUGCGAUUUCUAGGGCUUCAGCUGUACAAGGGCAAAAUGCUGGUGCUACCAAUAACAACCUCCUGUCUUUUAUAAGUUACCCUUCAGGAUCAGGAUCACUUACAAUGUGGGAACCCUCAAACUACACUACUUAAUUGCACAUGCUUCCCACACACACUAUUAAUUACAUAUAUAUAAAUAUAUAUUUUGUGUACUUAGUUCUGUCUUAUUUUAACAGUGGAAUAAUGUUCUCAUAUUACAUUUUAUUAUUUCAUUUAGCUAGUCUAGUUCUACUUCUGGUCCCAAUGUCUUUUUUCAAAAGAUAAGAAUCUUAUGAGAUGUUUGGUCAAUGGAAGAGUAAUCCUAAUGGUA